AUACUCUCAUCAAGCAACAAACGUUCAUCAGCAACCCGGUGCCCUCGCUGUGUGUGCGUGCGUGAGUGUGUGUGUACGCACUUGACACGGUGCACGGGCCGUCGUGUCACACUAAGCCGCGCUUGUUGUUCUAGCGAUCACUCCCGAAGUGACGUUUGUGCGGGCUUGUGCAUUGUUUUGAUGUGCUGCUAGUGGUGUGCAAUUGUGUGCAACAACCCACACACAGAUCGCCAGGUCCAGUUAAGAAAAGUGAUAAAAAAAGAGAAGGCAAAGGGUUUUUGUUCUUGUGGACCGAAUGUGAGUUAGUAGUGCAUGCGUGUUCGUAUGUGUGUAUGUGUAUGUGAAAAUUGCUUCUAAUCACCAUCCAACCCCGGGGAAAAGUUCAUCAAAAAAAAAAGAAAGAUAAUAAUUGUUUGUGUAACAAAAGAAAAAGUGCUCGCCUAAAGGGUAUGUGUUAAUGUGCGGCACGCAACAGGUGCUUGCGUGUGUGUGUGUGUAGGAAUGCAUGUAUAUAUGCGAGUUUGCGAGACGGCAAGUUAAUACUGGCAGGACACCAGUUUUUUUUUUUUUCCUUUCUGCCCGGGAUUCUAAAGAAGAUACAAUUUGUUCCAACGCAUCGACGCGUCCCCGUCUUAUUAGCUCUCGUGCGAGCGAUUGAGCUGUGUGUGUGUGUGUGCGCACCCGCAACACAAAGGACGAGCUCUGGCGCGACGACGGGUUGUGUGUGUCGCGUACCCAAGUGGUGGUGCCCUAGCACACACACGUACCGUAGUGGAGUAGUAGCGGGUUAGCCAAGCGAGGCGAAAGCGAAGAAGCAGCAGCAGCAUGCCGAAGAUCUUCCUGAUCAAGAACCGGCUCCAUCAGCAGCAGCUGCGGUUGGUGGAGGAGGCCCAGAAAAAUAGCCACGUCGGACCGGGCGGUGGCGGUGGUAGCAGUGUGGUCGACGAUGGGGUCGGCAGCGCCAGUGAGGUGGGAAGCAAUGAGCCACUGUCCCUCGUGUCCCGCAAGCGCGAGCAUGAUGAUUCGUCCGAGCGCGAUAUAUUCAGCGAAGAAAAUCGCUUGAGCCCACCGUGUCGGAAGCGGGCAGCAUCGCCAUCGUUGUCGAUCUUUGCCACACCGUCCACCGUAGAGCGGGAUGCCGUUGGACACGAGGUCAAUCCCACCUCCACCACCAGCACGGAGCACGGCAGCAAACCGGUGGUCCCAGCGGCAGCGUCAACCGCCGCAUCGUACAGCACCGUGGGCGGUAGCAGCUUUGUCGCUUACCACCGAAAUACAGCGCUCUGCCUAUGGAACAGCGGUGUCACUGCCAAAGAAUCGUCCACCUCAUCGCUGAUUGCCUCCGCUCACCAACAUCCGCAUCCUCAUCAUCAGCAGCGAUUGUUUCUGGGAGGUGCCGCUCGCCGUACACAGCUGCAGCAGCUGCCGGCACAGCAUGCGGUGGUCGAGAAGAGUGCACCCGAAGCGGCGAGGGUGGAGGAAGAGGUGGAGAAGGAGCAAGCGGAGAGCAGCAACGAUGAGACGGUGAAGGAUGUUGCAGUAACACAACGGCCGGUUCCGCUGGUCAGCCGUAAACCGGCCGCACAGCAGCAAGAGCCACCAUCGCCGGCGGCAUCCCCGGUGGCACCAUCCUCACCACCGACACCACCAACUCCGCCACCACCAACACCGCCGCAAGGGUCCGGGGCGGCAGAACAGAAGGAGCCACCGUCGGUUCCCAUCUCCAAGUACGACAAGCGGCGACCAACGAUCGUGAGCUCGUGUCUGCGAGUUACCGAAGGCGCAUCGCCCUACAUUGGACCACGCGGGCACGUGCUUACCAACGCGGAACGGAAGGUUUACCCACCAACACCACCUCCCCUACCGCCGACGGUUCCGACAGACCAACCGGUCACCAGUCACGAAUCGACCGAGGAGGACGAGGACGACGACGACGACGACAGAGACGAUAACAACCACCCGGCACGUAGCAAGGACACGCGCAAGGAGUCGGCUGUAGUAGUGGCCACUAGCGGCGGCAGCGGCAAACUAAUCGUACGCGAGGAACCGCCCGUUCCGGGCAGCGAAUCGUACCAGCGUCGGCUGCGACUACCCUCACCAACGCCACCACCGCCCAAAGACCGUGUACCGUCACCGGCGGUCCCGUUCGGUGCGGUGGUACGCUGCUCCGUCAUCCAGCGAACACCAGCGGUACGGAAGACGGCACAGGAUGAACUACCACCACCAGCACCACCAGCACCGCAACACAGCACGACACAACCGAAACAUCUCGACGAUAGUCCACGGGCGGUCGAUCUGAAGGUGCGCCCGAUGGUGGUGCUAACGGUUGAGCCGGAGCAGGAUCAACCGAUCGAUUACCACAUUCCCAAGCGUCCGGCGGCGUCAUCGAAUGGGGAACCGUCCGGCGACAGCAAGGACGAAAGCGAAGAACGGCAGUUGGGGCGCCGUGAACGACAGGCCGCCAUUUUGCACAACCAUCUGCCACCGUACCAUCAUCGGGGUGGGUCAUCGGCGGCCAGGGCGGCGGCGGCAGCCGCAGCCGUCAUAACCGGCAUCAUGCAGGGAGCUGCCGGGCACGGUCGCUCCUCGAACAGUGGAGGAGGUGGCGGUGGACAGAGCGGCAGUGGCGGCGGUUCCAAUGGUGGUUCAGCCGGCUCGGGUAAUGGCGGUGGAGGAGGUAUCAACUUUUCCGCCGGUGGAGGUGGCGGUGGCGGCGGUGGUGGUGCAUUGGGAGCGGGCGGUGCAGGUGGUGGUAUGGGUGGCCGGGAUGGGCGAUCCAACUACGGUCCGAACAGUCCACCGACCGGUUCGUUGCCACCGUUCUACGAAAGCUUGAAGGGUGGCGGUGCUAGCGGAGGCCUGAACGGGUACAAUGCAAAUGGCGGCUUCCUGACGAACAGUGCGGCCAGCUACCAGCAGCUGCUGAGCUCGCUCGAGUGUGACGCACAGGACCUGGGUGGAGCGGGCGGUGGUGCGGCAGGACUCGGCAGUGGAGUCAUACUCGGGCUCGGCACGGGCUUCACGUACGGCAGUGCGACGGAUGGCAGUGGUGGCGGUGGAGCGGGAGGGAACGGUCAGCAGGGCAACAAUGGGACGUCGGCGGCGGCAGCUGCAGCAGCGGCAGCAGCCGUCAUGGGAAAACACUGCUCGCUGAUGCUGCACAAUCAUUUCGGGCUGGCGCUGAAGGAUGAGGUUGAUCUCGGGUACGACACGAAGGUGGACCCGACCCUGCACGGACUGUACGCGAGCGCCACCGGCGACAGUGUGGGUGGCAAUGGGGCGGGCGGUGCCGGUGGAGGCGGAUCGGGCGGUGGCUACGAUGUGGCCGACUCGAUGAUGGAUAUGGGCGAUUCGAUGCAGCUGACGGCCACCCUCACGACGUACCCAUCGUCCGCUGGCGGUAGUCCGAACGGCCUUCUGGACGGCUGCUUGAGCGAUGCGGAGUUUUCGCUCUACUCACGCGGCAUGCACGACGAACAGUCGAGCAACUGUAACGAUCUCGAACUCACCUCGACGCCCUCGCUGACGCCUGAUUCGGUGAGUGCCUCGCUGCAUCAAAUCGACACCGUGCACGAUCCGCUCGCGGACGCGUACCCAUCGUCCGGAACCGGGGCCGACCAGCAGCAAGGCCCGGGUAAUGGUGGUGGUGCAGGCGCCGGUGGCAACUCACACACCGCCCAUCUCGUGCUGCCCCGCGAAUACACCAACAUGGCGGCCGCCACCUUCGGCGCACAGCACGGACUCGGCGGCCAUCAGCACACGACGCUCCAUUCGCUCGCGAGCAAGUACCACGGUGGCGCCGCACAGGACGGCAAUCAGCCGCCAAGCUAUCUGCAGACCGCUGCCAACGGAUCGUACGGUUCGUUCCAGCCACUGCUGCGCUACGACCAGCUCGACAGCAAUCUGUCGCUACCGUCACCCGGUGGCGGCUCAUCGCUUGACUUCGAUCUCCACCAGAGCCUGCAACCGUUGCAGGGUCCGUUCGCGAUGAAUCUACAGCUGGCCGGUGGCCAGAACGCGCAUCUGCAGCAACAGCAGCAGCAGCAGCAGCAGCAACCCGCGUCCCACCAACGGUCGACCGGUGGGGUACGAUCGCCCGGCGGUAACUCCACCUCAUCCGUCUCGUCGUCCGCAUCGUCUGCAGCGGCGGCCGUCGCAGCGGUCGCCAGCCUGAGCGCACACAACGUACCGGUGGCUGGUCCACCGCCAGCCGUACUCGCAACCACGAUACAGAAUCAGUUGGGACUUCCGGCCGACUCGGAGCUGCAGUUUGUGAACGGUGGCCACGGCAUCAAGAACCCGCUCGCGAUAGAAAAUGUACCGCUCCGGAUGCGUUCGGACGAGCGGCACGGUGGCAAACAUCUGUCCGGUUCGGCCGGCACGAAACAGCGCAAUCACCACCAUCAGCAGCAGCAGCAGCACCACCAUCAACAGCAGCAACAGCAGCAGCAGCAGCAGCAGCACCACCAUCAACAGCAACAUCAGCAACAGAUGCAUCAGCAGCAGCAGCAGCAACAUCUUCCGCACCACCUCGAGAACGGUCCGAACCCGUCACCCUCAUCCUCCUCCUCCUCGUCCUCCUCGUCCUCGUCCUCCUCCGUUUCGUCCGUUUCGUCCUCCUCGUCCGCGUCGUCACCGAACGGUUGCGGUUCGCCCGGUUCGGCCGCCACCAACGGUACGAACGGGCCGUCCGCGACCAACACCGACGACGACCAGAACCGCUUCGUCUGCCGCAUCUGCUCGAAAACGUUCAGCCUGCAGCGGCUGCUGAACCGGCACAUGAAGUGCCACUCGGACGUGAAGCGCUACCUGUGUACGUUCUGCGCGAAGGGCUUCAACGACACGUUCGACCUGAAGCGCCACACGCGCACCCACACCGGCGUCCGGCCGUACAAGUGCAAUCUGUGCGAAAAGUCCUUCACGCAGCGCUGUUCGCUCGAGUCGCACUGUCUGAAGGUGCACGGUGUGCAGCACCAGUACGCGUACAAGGAGCGUCGAACGAAGAUGUACGUUUGUGAGGAAUGUGGACACACAACCAACGAGCCGGAAGUACACUAUAUGCACCUGAAGGAAAAGCAUCCGUACUCGCCGGCCCUGCUCAAGUUCUACGACAAGCGGCACUUUAAGUUCAACAAUGCCGCGUUCGCGAACAAUCUGCUCGGCUCGCUACCGAUGCCGGUGCAUAACUGAGCGUGUGCCCGGAUGCGAUCGAAUCGGAAUAGCGGACGAAGGCAGCUCCUAGAGUGUGUAGGAAGAAAGGACACACACACGCACGCACGUGGAAGCAGAACACCGGAAGUAGAAGGGAGGGAGUCCUUUUAAGGCUGAUGUGGUGGUGGGAAAGGCGCAAGGGCAGCGAGUAACCAACUAUUUAUUUCUUGAUGCAAUAUAUCGGUUAAAGAGAAAAGCUUAUUAUAGCACUAUUAUAGCAAGUUAUAUAGCUAAGCAUAUUGCGCCUACGUACACUAGCUUGUAGCUCGAUAGAUUUUGUCAUACACACACACACCUACACACAGAACAAUUACACGGAACACGCUCAACAAUCUGCACACUGAAAUUAGAGUUUAAGCAUUCCGUUUUUCUUUCCCCCAUUUUUUUUUUUGUUUCGUUGCUUAUUUAGCGUGUGUCACAAUUAAUUAAGGUUAGUUGUUUGUUUGUUUUUUCUCUUCUUUUUGCAACAUGUGCGCGGGUUCUUCUGUACCUCAACAACAUAUAAUGUGAAUUUAUUCUAUUUCGCCAACGAUUGGUUAAAUAAUUGCCGUGCGGCGCGGCAUUUCUCUCUUGCAUAUGUGCGCGUGUGUGGGUGUGCAAGCCUUUUUUCCGACUUUUUUUCUCUCACACUAAUUAAGUUCAGAGCUAAUUGUUUUUUGUUCUUUAACUGAUUUUUUUUUUUGGUUGUGGUGGGAGUAGGACUGUUCUUUUCUUAUUCUCUGAAGCAAAACAAGGAAGAAGAAGAAAGAAAGAAGAAAAAGCAACAUAUAUGAAUAUUCCUAGUGAGUGUUAUCGAACUAGAGAGCACUCAUAUGAACGAAAUGUAAAUAGAAUAAUUCGAUACAAAGGGAAAUAAUUAUUUGUUUAAAUUAAAAAAAAUCUUUUCGCUGCUUUAGUGUACGGGAUUCAGAAUUAAUUUGCAUUUUUUCAUACGUUAGAGAUAGGGGAAAAAUUGAGCGAGCGGAGAUUGCAAAUGGAAAAAAGGUGUAAAGAUUUCGAAAAUGGAUUGAAUGGGAUUAAUGGUUUCUGUGUGGGUGUACGAGUUGUGGAAAACUCCACUACAAAGGAAUCUCAUAUUUAUGUACAGUGAAGAAGAUACGCGCAGAAUUCAGAACUUACACUCACACGCGCGCGCACAUACCCCAUUACGCAUUAUUUAUACCAGAGCAGGGAAUGGAGAAGAAUAUUUGCAUUUACAAACACACACACACACACGCGCGCACACAUAGGUUUUGUUUUGUUUGUUUAUUCGCCCCCCCCCCCCUCCGCCCUGUUGUACUACAUCUUCUUUUUUUUUGUGUGUUAAGUAACAAUCUAGUAAGCCGCGUCGCCACGCGAUAAACAGAGAGAUAGAAGUGGGAAGAAAACUAGAGGAGAGAAAAAAGUCUUGAUAUAUAAAAUGCAAUUAAAUCGACACACAUACACACAAACACACAAAUACACUUAAACACACACACACACAUUAUAAAAUGAUUAUGAUAAAUAGGGUUAUUAUAAUGUAAAGAGCGGAAUGAUGCAUUUAUUUGAAUUUGGAAGUAUGAACGUAAACACACAGACAGCAUUUAGAGCGAGAGUGAGGGGAAAACGAAGGUGAAGAAGAAGAAGAAGAGGAUUUGAAGAGAAAGAUUUGAUCUUGGUUGGGCGGCUUGGCAAGCCCACGCGCAACCAGGAACCGCCUAGACCUGUAAGUGCGUAAGAGAUUAGUAUGUGUGUAUGUGCAUGCUUUUUCCUUUUUUUCUCUCUUUUUUACUAUAAGUUUCAACAGUACUUCUCGCUCUCGGACUCGAAUCAUUGCUAUAUACAUAUAUUUCAGGGGAACAACAACAACAAAAAAUACUUUCAACAGCUUCCUGCACAAAAAAAGGCGAGCAAAAUCAAAAAUCUCUCCCUCUGUUUGUUUGUUCUUUUUUUUCCCCAUUUCCCCCUUUGUCCUUCUUGUUUUGUUUCUCUUUUUUUUACGCAAAAUUAAUAUUAUAUUAUAUUAAUUAAAAUAUUCUUUAGCUGUAGUGAACACACACUUAUACAUAGAAUCAAUGCGAGGAUAUGUGUUAUUGGAGCGGAUAAGGCAAGCGAAAGGACGAGAUGGACGGGAAUGUGUGUGUGUGUGUGCGGGAUGAUUGAUUGAUAGACUGUCUGUGUUUGUGUGCAAGUCUCGUACAGAGAAGCGUAUGGAUGAAGGUUCUAGCGUACAGGGGUAGCGAGCGUGAAUGGGAGAAGUGGGUGGAACGGAGAUAAGGGGUGGAGUAGAAGAGGCAAAUCUGAUCCUGAUAACAAAAAAAAAAACAAAAACAUUGAAAGGACGUGGCAAUAUUAGCAAAGCAAAGGCCUGAUAUGCGUUAAUGCGUUACUUUGCUUUGCUCUCCUUGGUACACCACCACACACAAACAGACGCCGUGUAGCCGUGUGCGCGCACGCGCGCCUAAGUGUGUGCGGUGGGCAUCAAGGAGCUUAAGUUAAACUCAUAGUGAUGUAAGGCUAAUUAAAGGAAAACGAAAUGUGUGGAGGAAACGGUAUGCAAAGUAAGGCUAGUAGGAGCAGUGUGUGUGUGUGUUGUGAACCAGUAGGAAAAGGCAAGGCUCCCGCGGUGCGCUCGUUCGCAUGUGUGUGUGUGUAUGUGGGUGCGGGAAUACGAGAGAUGCCUACUUUACGUUUCGUUACUGUUCCUUAUCAAAAAUCACGAUAUUUUAGGAUAAACUGUUUUCUUUCUCUCUUGUGUCUCACAAUCCUGUCGAAACUACCAAAAAGGAUAUUAACCGGACUUACGUGUGGUAGUGUGUAGGAAUACUGUUUGAGACAAUAGCAAGAGGUGGAAAGCGUUAUUUUAAACUAAUUAUUCAACUUUUUUUUUCUUAAUUUUCGUACACAUACAAACGACUCGCGUUUACUCACUCAUAUACACAUACUUAACGUGUGUGUGGGUGUGUACACUUUUUUAAAUUUUGCUUUGUUUUUUCUAGUGUACACACACACACACACAUAUCGAGCCGUGCCGAGUGGAAGUGGAAAACGGGAAGCAAGAGAGAGAGAGAGAGAGUGGGAGAAUGGGAGUAAAGCAACAGCAACUACUAGGAAAACAUGAGUAUAAUCGGGGUUUUUCGUGCAAUCAACAUUAUUUUUCGUCGGUGUUGGAUUAAUUUAGUGUAUAGUUUGAAAGCAACGGAUAAGAAGAAACAUUAAGCAUGAUUUAAGAAGAAGAAGAAAAAAACGCAACAACAACAAAAAAAAAGAAGCAAGAUCGAAACAGCACUGCUGUGUUAAUAUCAUUGUACUUUAAUUAAGCCGAUUUAUUAAGCGACAAAACAAUAUCGGGGGGAGAGAGCGCGCGAGAGAGAGAGAGCGAGAGCGUGAGAGAGGAUGUGUGAGGAGAGAGGAAAGCGGCUGGGCUGGUGCAAUUGUAGCAGCAGCUGCACUCACCUUAACCGUACAGCACUCACCAGCAGAACUCACUCGAGAUACACAUACUCACACAGUUAUGGCGAUGAGUGUCCGCUCAACCGCUCAAAAUGAGUGAAGAAAGGGGAAAACAAAACAACCCGGAAAUGCAUUUAUUCUCUCCCUUUUUCUUCCAAUUGCUGUGUGUGUGUGUGUGUGGGUGUUUGUUAUGCCACUCACAUAUGCCACUCACGCAUCCUCUCACACUCUUUAACGCAGACACACACACACACGCGCGUGCAUGCUCACAUACAUUCAACACAAUCACACGUGCAACACUGAAUCGUUCGUGUCUGUGUGUGUGCGUGUGAGUGCAUUUCAAUUGUGUGUGUGUGUGUCUGUGUGGUUGUGUUUGUGUGAAUGAAAACACGACGAACAUCCUAUCUUUUAAGACGUAAACUAUAUGAUGGAGUACCUUUUUUAUCUAGUUUUGUAAGGCAAAUUGAUGAAACUUACGUUAGGACACACACACACACACAAACACUACUUAACUCGGAUUCCCUCCCCCCCCCCAAUACCUCUGAUACACACCUUCAAACCCUUCCUUUACCAGCUCAUUAAGCGAAGAGAAUACUACAGAAACAGAGCAAGAAACACAUACCACUAACAACACACCAAGACAUCCUUUCUUACCUUUCUGUCCUGGAGUAAGCGACCGGCUCAGCCUGAAAGUAGGCAGCGAGUAGAACGUUCGCGAGAAGAUAGUAGAGUGGAUUGCAUACUUACAGGUUGCUUACCGCCCUCUACCGGAUAAUUCCACACACACACACACACUUACACUUUUUCGCCACACACACACACACAUCAGUAUGAAGGAAGUUUGUCCGGCUUUUCCUGCUAUUUUGUUUGCCAAUUAAUGGUUGCAUUUAUGUAGAAAAGUUAUGUAGCAAAAAGCAAAAAGAAACCCAGGCAGGGAAAACCACAAACACACACACAUACACAUACGCAAAAAUACCUGAUGAAAUGAAAGGAAGGAAGAGGAAGAAAACACAAAGUCGAGGGGAGGUACUUACACACACACGCAUACAUACAUACGUCCGCCGGGGAAGAAAAAGGUUCAAAAGAAUAGAACAAAAGGAAGAAAACAGAUGUCGAAGUGUGUGUGUGUGUGUGUCUCUCCCGAUAAGUCUACCACAAAACCGCUCAAAACGAAAAGCCUCAACUCCUCCAGUCCCCCCCUGCUAUCAGCAAUAGAACUAUGAACAAUGAAAUAAACAAUGAAUUAUGUGUUAAAAAUCUUA